CGUGCUAUAACUUACAGUAUCAGUAUACAGCCGAACUGACAACAAAGAAUUGGAACAUUGUUUACAUAGACUUUGGAAUGAGAUUCAUCGUGUUUACGCACAUCAAAUGUGUUUUGUCAAAUACGUUUAGAUAAACGUACUCGUUCCUUUAAUAAUUCGGUUGAAAAUAGUGUUUUUAGUAUUUUGAUUGUGGUGUUUAUAAUUUUAUUUAUAAAGCGUGAUUUUUCUAUCAUAACCUCGACUAUUUAUACUAUGUAUGUGUGUGUUUGACUUUUUUAUAAGUGGCCCUUAUACGUAUUGAAUUAAAAUUCAGACGAGGGCAAAAGGACAUAAAAUUUGAAGGGCGGCACUCGGAGGAUCCCCGCCACCAUGACCUAGUGCCACAUGACAUCGGCGCACCCUUUGUCUCCACACCGUAAACGCUCGCCAACCUGACACGAACACGAACUUAUUAAAUUAUCAAGGAUGGUGGCCCGGUGGCUGGUGGUGUGCUGCGUGGUGCUGUGCGCGCGGCCCGCGCAUCCGCAGGGAGCCCAGCAGUGCCCCGCGCCCAACACCAUCACGCCUUGCAGCUGCACCGUCAAGAAGAACGGCCUCGACAUUCUCUGCGAGUUCACGGAACAGCAGCAUAUUCAGAAGGCCAUGAACACGCUCCGUUCGAAGCCGAUGAUCAUAUUCUAUUUGAAAUUGCGCCACAACAAUUUGGCUAAAUUGCCCUCGUAUAUAUUCCUCGGCCUUGACAUUCGUCACCUGACCGUUCAUAACAGUAGUCUGGCUGUCAUUGAAGACUCCUCGCUCAGUUCCAUUGGCAACAAGUUGACGCAACUCGACGUAUCGCAGAACAGUCUGGCAACGAUUCCCACAUCGUCGUUUACGCAUCUUAAUCACCUGCUCAUACUCAACAUGAACCAUAACAAGGUAACUGCGGUGCACAACCGCGCUUUCAUGGGGCUAGACACAUUGGAGAUUUUAACUCUAUACGAGAACAGAAUAUCUGUCGUCGACGGCGAGGCUUUCAAAGGACUCGAGAAAAAACUAAAACGCUUGAAUCUUGGCGGAAACGAAUUGACGGCGGUGCCGCAGAAAGCUCUCGCAUUGCUCGAAAAUUUGAAAAAGCUUGAGAUGCAGGAAAAUCGGAUAACUUCGAUUUCGGAAGGAGAUUUUGCGGGGCUACGCAAUCUUGAUUCUUUGGGAUUGGCUCAUAAUCAGCUUCGUGAAGUACCGUCUCAGGUAUUUUCACAUCUGACGUUUCUGAACUCAUUGGAACUGGAAGGCAACUUAAUUCAACGGAUUGAUGAAAAGGCUUUUGCUGGACUUGAAGAAAAUCUUCAGUACCUGCGUCUUGGCGAUAAUCGUCUCCACGAGAUACCCUCAGAGGCUCUUCGACCUUUGCAUCGUUUACGCCAUUUGGACUUACGUUCCAACAACAUAACAUACAUCAGCGAGGAUGCAUUCACUGGCUAUGGAGACUCUAUUACUUUCCUCAAUUUGCAGAAGAAUAUGAUUCACCAGCUGCCUACGAUGGGCUUCGAUAAUCUCAAUUCACUGGAGACGUUGAAUCUGCAGAACAAUAAGUUACAGCAUAUACCCGAGGAGAUAAUGGAACCAAUUUUGGACACGCUUCGGGUGGUUGAUAUUAUGGAUAAUCCCCUUAUAUGCGAUUGUGAGCUGGCGUGGUACGAGGCAUGGCUGGCAGGGUUGCGCGACCGUGAUGACGAGAUGAUGCAAAAGAAGCGCACCGUGUGUACCAUGGUAAACGAGCACAGGGAAUACAGCGUCGCCAAGAUGCCUCUUGAAAAAAUGAAUUGCAAGAGGAAACCCGCGUACGGACGCACUUCCAGCGCUCCCACCGCUCGCCCCGCCAUUAGCUUCGCGACCAACGCUCUCCUCGUUGCUGCUGCCAGGUGGCUCUAGAUUAAUCACCUAAUUAAUUUAUAUUUUAAUUUAAUCCUUAUUAAUUUCUAGUGAAGGAUCAAAUCGGGCCAGCUGUGGCCGGAUGGCCCGAUGCGCGUCCCUUCGCUGCGUUCGUAAGUUCCGUUCAAAUCUUGAUAACGUGAUGAAUUUGUGCAAUAAACUACGAUACAUAUCAAUUUUGGGCUGACUAAAACAAAAUUAGUAAUAUAUAAUAUGGAGCGGUAGCUUGAUAAGUGAUGAAGAUGGUUUUAACGUGAAUGGUGUAAGUUAGUGUGAUACAGUAUUUUUAAAGUUAAAUAACCUCUUACGGUAUGCCUUACUAAUAGUAAUGUACCAUGAAGUAGGUGACAUGCUCCGACACCAGUACGGCAUUUUAGUAAUAGCGAGUAUCACUGAAGAUGUGUUUAUUAUCGUAGCGCGAGCUCCAUUUGCUUGGAGAUCUACCAAAGAUAAAUCUUUUGAAAUUGUGACUUUUCACAGAACACUAGGCGUUUUACGCAAUCUCUUAGCAAAUACGUUUGGUUUUUAAAUUUAUAUGACCCUUGUAAUUUUGAGGAGAACUCUAAUAUUUUUUAUCGUUUACCCCUGCCUUACAGUGUAAAUGUACACGUAUUAGUGAGCUUUUAUGUAUUUACGAUGUUGACUAUUGCAAUAUUAUUCUAUAUUCUAUACAUUAUUAGAAGGCGGUUCGAAGUUAUAUAACCCAACGUAUUUAUUGUAAAUUUGUAUAUCAUUGAUAUCCACGUUUAAAGUUAUUCCAAGUUCAAAUGUUCAUUCCAGUUGUAAUAAUGCUAACGUGUAAUAUGUUUUGAUUAGAUGAAAUGCGGUUACCUUUAUCUUUUUAUCCGAGGACAUGUCUCGAAUAAUCAAUAUUAUAUAGCCCAUUAAUGUUCGAUUUGAUGUAGCCUAGAUAAGGUUAGAUAAGUGUUAGGUUUAUUCUUUUUGAAUUGUUUGACUCUAUUUAUAAAUUUAUAUUUAAUUUAAAAUUGCUUUUUAAUUAUUCCGUUGAAUAACUUCUAUGACUACUUUUAAUUUCCUACAUUUUGCAUGAAAGCGUUAUAGAUUUUAAUCCUAUGUAAAAAUUCAUUUAAGUUAUUUAACAUUGAAGUUGACAUACAUUUUAUCGUUAUUACGUAGUGGAGUAAUAAAUGUGACUUUAAACUGUUGCUUAUUCAUUUUAUUUGCAAUGCGUCAAUCGCUGUUGCUUUCGUUGCGUCAAUUGCAAAUUAAAAUUUAUUGAUUUCGCAUAAUUGGAUUGCUUUAAAUAUUCUAAAGCCUGAAGUUUAUCGCGAGCAAUAUAAUAUAACGUUAAGUGAUAAAAUUGUAACCAAAAACAUAUCCUUUAGUCUGAAUUAUGUAAUUAUAAGAAUGUUUAAUAUACGAAUAUAUGGAAUGAGAAAUGUGAUAUGAUAUUUGGGGGAGUGCAAUUGAAAUUAACGGAUGACCAAGUUCAUGCCUUUUCUUUUAUCCCAUUUAUAAACGAAAUUAAAUAUAAAUGUGUGAUUUAUGUAAGACGCGAGUUGAACGCAUUCGUUCAAUUUACAUACAUUUACACAUUUACGAGAAACAAUUAGAAUUAGGAUAAUUAGAGGCUUCGAAAUUGUAUAAACAUGAAUGUUGUUAACCUUUUACUAAACUUUUGUGGAUUAUGCACCAUUAGCGUAUUCCUUUUUAUGCACUAUGUAUUUAUAAUUAGAAUGAAAAUGUUCAGAGUCGAAAUAACCUGAUAAAUUAAGUGUUUCUUGAUAUUAAGCUUCUAUCAAUGUAAUUUUUCUUCAUUGUCGUGUUACAGAAUAUUGGUGUUAUAUAUUCGUAUUGUACCUAUCGCUUAAUUAUGUAAAUCUGACGCAAGUUAAAAUUAUAAAAAAUAUGUUAAAGAAGCUACUUCCAGACUAUAAAGAUUAAUGUUAUUCUUUUAGAAAUCAAUAUAAUAUUAAUAGUCAAACUCAAUUUUCCUAUUAUAUUUCAAAAAUAUUUUUGCUAUCACCAAAAUCAAAACAAAUUAUAAUCUAUAUUUUUUAAAAUAAAUUGCUUCAAAUGUCUACUAACAUAAACGGAUGGUUAAUAUAAACUUUCAAAAGUAACCAAGCUAGUUCUCGGAGUUUACAAUUUAAAUGCAGAUGUAAAAAUAGCGACCUCCUUUAUUUACAGUUGGAAAUUUUAAAAGUGUUUUGCUGCAAUGCUGUCAUUGUGUCGAUAAAGAUAAACCGGAUUUGUGGUCGAACAUGGAUUGUUUCUAAAAUAUUUAAAGAAACGCCUAAAAACUGAUAUAUCUUUGUUGAUGGUAUUUCCAAAUGUUUGUAGUCUGGAUAUGUCUUCGAAAUAUUUUAACUUAUAUAACGACAUUCAUUCCUUAUAUAAAGACAAACGACUUUUUAAUCAAUAUAAACUGGCAUGAAAUGUAUUGCGUAUUAAAAUUAAAAGUAGUGAUUAUUUUGUGUAUUAAUGUAUAACAGUAGUGUAUUCAUAUAUCAAACAUCAUACGAUGUAUCAAUGGGAACCAGCAUAAACAUAUCGGGGAGGCAGAGCGAAAUCGAUUUAUAACAAGUGUUGUUCUGCCGACCUUACAUAUCAAUUUAAUAUAAGUCACUUUAAUGUAAUUAUAUGUAUUCAUUGUUGUGUGUUGUUUAUACAUAAACUAUAUUCAUUGUUAAACGUUUAUCCGUUGUUGUAUGGUUGUCGCUUGUAUAUUCCUCUGUAAUUCUUAAUAUAAGUGUAAUUCGAAUAUAAUCCAUUAUCGAAUACUGGCAUAAUAUAUAAAUGUAUCUCAUAUUAACGUAUAGACAAUUUAAAAGCUGUUUAUUGAUAUUGCAAUAUGUUUACUACUUACAUAUAUUGUCCAACUCAUUUCCUAUUUAUUGAACUCAUAACUGUAUCGGUUUCUGAGCUUCAAUCUUGUUUAAAAGUGUUCUUGAUAAGUUUAUAGUCACAUUUAUUAUUUAAAUUAUAUCUAAUACUAGGUAGUUUUAAUCUAAUAAUGAAAUUUCGCUGUAAAGGUGUAUUUAUUUAAUUUCGGUUUAAAUAAAAAAAAUAUGAU